AGAUCUCCCGCAAGGGAAGGAAAGUGGCGCUUGCUGUAACCUAAUCAGGGGCUGGGGGGGGGGGGAAGAAAGGCUAUUGUUUUUGUGACUGCGGGCUGUUUUAAUCAGGAUACUGGGCAAAUGCAACUGGGAUGCAAAUUCGCCGUGCUCCAAAUAAACCGUGCAACAAGCCCGAGGUUCUUAGUGGCCUCUCGAUGCUGUGCAGUUGUUUCAUAGGCAACUUCUGUGUAUUCAGGGCUGUGUUGAGGUUGCCCAAUAAUCAGGCUUGUAUUUCGAGAUUUGGUUUCUGUUUUCUACGUGUCCUUCGUCCUGUAUCACGCUCAGUCCUCGCGGUCGGCGACUGCACCGCGUGUGUGAAUUAAAGGGCGACAGGAGGUUGGGAAUUCAACUGAAAGCUCCUGUAAUAACAAACUGUGAAGAAUCCUUUACCUAGAUCUAUAGUUUCUGAGAACAAGUUGCAGCUGAGGCACGCAUCUAUGUAUUCUGAUCCUGACAGCCAGAGUACAUACACCAGCGUCAUCCCCCCACCUCCCAGCAGGACGCAAGUCAAAAAGGUCUCUGCAAGUGUGCCUCAUGAUGUGAUAGGGCAGCGUGUGGCAGCAGCAGAACGCCAGGAUUCUACAUCCCCAGUUAUAUCUCCUCACCAAUCACCACCAACUUCACCAGUUAUCUGGAGGAAACACAGCAAGCAGCAUCAGAGUGGAGGGUCUGCUGCUGGUGAUGGAAUGUGGCCUGCCCACUCUCCUCCUCCCAACCAAGAGAACUGGGUGAGUUUCACUGACACUCCCCCUAGCAGCACGCUUCCUGCAAUGCAUCCAGCCUCCAUUCAGGAACACACGACGGUGAGAACUGUAGCAUCUGCUACAAAUGCCAUGGAAAUUCGUAGGCAGUCUAGUGGUUAUGAUGAUCCUUGGAAGAUUACGGAUGAGCAGAGACAAUAUUAUAUUAACCAAUUUAAAAACAUUCAACCAGAUUUGAAUGGUUUUAUUCCAGGAUCUGCUGCUAAAGAAUUUUUCACAAAAUCCAAACUCCCAAUUCUUGAACUUUCUCAUAUUUGGGAGCUAUCAGACUUUGACAAAGAUGGCGCUUUGACGUUGGAUGAGUUUUGUGCAGCUUUUCACCUAGUAGUGGCCAGAAAAAAUGGCUACGAUUUACCAGAGAAGUUACCAGAAAGUUUGAUGCCAAAGUUGAUUGAUCUUGACGAUUCAGGGGGAAUCACUGAUCGGGCUUCUGAAACUGGUUUCUCAACCUCACCAGCAGAUGUGCCCCCUAGCAAAUCACCAUCGAUGCCCUCAUUAAACCAGACGUGGCCAGAACUGAACCAGGGCAGUGAGCAGUGGGAGACUUUUAGUGAACGCUCCUCAAGCUCGCAAACUCUGACCCAGUUUGAUUCUAACAUUGCACCAGCUGAUCCUGACACAGCUAUUGUUCACCCUGUUCCAAUCCGCAUGACUCCAAGUAAAAUUCACAUGCAAGAGAUGGAGCUGAAAAGAAUUGGAAGUGAACUAACACACCCAACUAGCCCUUUGCUUACAAACUCUCCUGAGCUUUCAGAAGAAGUUAAGUUAGCCACCACUGUAAAAUUUGUUGCAGGAAACACUGUAGCUGAUGGGUACAGCAGUUCAGAUUCGUUUGUUUCCGAGUCCGAUCAGAUCGGAAACAGCAUAACUCGGCAGCGUUCACAUUCAGGCACUUCACCAGACAAUACUCUAAAGACUGCUGCACCCCCUCCACCACCUCCAAGACCCCAGCCUUCGCAUUCAAGAUCAUCAUCUCUAGAUAUGAACAAAACGUUUUCUGCCAGCAGCACAGGGCAACCGCAAGCAGGAAUUGUUGCCUGUCCCCCUGCAGUGCCUCCAAGACCUCAGCCCACACAGGUCACUGUGCCUCCCAUACAUCGCCCAGCAGAGGCUGAUAGCCAUGCAGUACGUGCCAGCACCUCACCUCAUCAGAUUCCAGAGCAGCCCAACUUUGCUGAUUUCCGGCAAUUUGAAGCAUUCGUGUCAAAGGGUACAGAGCAGCAAAUGGAUGACUCUGGCAAGCUUUCCGAAACUGUUCCGGCUGAAAAACCUUCAGAUACAGCAGGGACCCUAAGAACAGCAAAACUGGAUGGUUCUAGUGACGAAAAGCCAACUGGAAACACAGUUAAAAGUACAUCAUCUCUUGUCCCCCCUCCAAAGCCUAUCCGCAGGAGAUUGAAAUCUGAUGAUGAGCUUCGUGCAGAACCAGAGGAGCAUACUCCAAAAACUAGUGUAAUUAAUACUGUGCUAGUUGCACAGUCAUCAAUUCCAAGGUCAUUUGGCAAAGACAAGAAAUCUAUUCAGGCUUCGAUCAGAAGAAAUAAAGAAACCAACACUGUAUUAGCCAGGCUCAACAGUGAAUUACAACAACAGCUAAAGGAUGUGCUCGAGGAGAGAAUUUCUCUUGAGGUCCAGCUGGAGCAGCUUCGGCCAUUUUCACACUUGUAAUGGAGCGACCGAGGUGCUUGGAUGGGACUUAAAAAAAAAACCCGUGUUUGAUCUGAACGCGUCACGGUACCCUCCUCCUGCAGAUAGCUUAUACCUGUGUUCAGCUUCGCCAGUCUACAAUGAAGCGAUAGUUUACAUGGUUACUUUCAUCGAGUUGCACACUUGACAUAUGGCUCCAAUAUGUUUAAGAGGCGAUGUCUUUGGGGCUGGGGGUGGGAAGGUGGGUGGGAUGGGUGGUGAUAUAGGAGGGUGUUGUAAAGCUGGUGGGCAUUCAAGCCCUGGGUGAGUAGGACUUUUUUUUGUGUGUGUUGAUUCUACAGAAGAGCAAAUGAUUUCACAACCCCUCCCAGAUCAGUCCAGCAUGACAGAGCUGGCUUACCAGUAGGGCAGAAAUCCUGAACGAGCUGAUGGCGUGUUGAGUACUUGAGAUUUGCAUAUGAAAUGGGGAGUUAUCAGCAACAUUGCACCUAUGCUCAAUUAAUCAGCCUCCUUAACUGUAUGAACAUGUUAAUGUAGAAUUGAGAUUGUGCGAAGACUAGGGAUGGAAGAGCUGUGCUUGAAUGGAAAUUUGUUUCCUGUGUCAGUGUCAAAAUACUUUUCUCCUAAAUCUGCAUAACUUUUCAUUUUGGAUGAGGAAUUUUAUUCUGAUACAUUGAUAGAAAAUGGCUUAUCUUGCCCUUAAAGAUUUAAGGACACUAAAAAAAAAUCCGUUGAAUUCCUACAGUAAAUGAUUUCCCUAUACAUUUGGAACAAGCUCGGAAAUACAUAGUGAAAUAUUUUGCACUACUAAUGUAUGAGUGUGUUCAUGAUUGGUAGGCAUGGUUCAAAACCACUUUUUAAUUGGAGGAUGUGAAAGGUAAUAUAUGUUUGAAGUCUGGGUGAAAGUUUAGGGACAGUCGCUUUUUUUUGACAGUUACUGAAGGACUGUUUAUGGUAAAGCGGUCUGUUGAUUGGAUAUGUCGAUACGGUUGUGGUGAGUUGGCCUUUUUUAACUUGAGUGCACUGAACUUGCUAAUCAAGCUGCUGUGUAUCCUGGCAGCUUAACUGUUUCAUAGUGUAUGUGAAGCCCGUCUGCUGCACAUGCACCUGUGAUUAGGGGAGGUGGGUGUGCAGCGUUUUGUUUGGCUUUGCAAUUUCCAUCUAUUUCUGCAUAAUUUACCCAUCAAAAGAAGCAGGAUCCUGAAUGGUGAGGACGAGAAAAAUGUGUAAAUAGUGUGUCACUUCUCAGCAUUUGUGAAAGGGAGAUCAACUAGUGUUUGGCAUAAGCAAGUUUGGGGUAAGAUGUCUGUGUGGCACCUUAAGUCACAUUAAAAACCAUCACUUGGUGAAUCCCAGUGCAGUUUUGCAUGAAAUGUGUGUUAAGCAAAUGCAUCUAUACUACCCUUGCCCUAUUCUCACUCCAAAAUGAAUUAAAAUAAGUGGGGUUUGUGCAUUAGCAGAAUAUGUGGGUAAAUUGUGAUGAUUUAAGACAGAACCUCUUCGUGUGUGUGUGUGUGUGUUGAUGACUUGCAGUUCUGUGGUUUCGCUCAAUACCGCCUCUAUCUGCAUGUUACUGACCGAUUUCCAUUCCACCAACAAAGCCUUCUGAGUACUGAAUACAUACUGUGCACCUCCCUGACACUGGUAAAGUGAUCCUCCUCAAAUUUAGAUGGGAGUUUAAUCAAAAAUUGUACAGAACUAGAGAAUAUUUCUUUAAAUUAUUAUGCGAAGAGCAAGAUUUUAUAAUUGUUUGACUUCAGUGUUCAGUAUUGUAAGGGUUAAUGUGACUUGCAGUUUCUUUUGUCGGUGUGUGUGCGCAUAUGUGCAUAUAUACAUAUAUAUACACAUAUACAUACACACUCAUCUCUAUUUAAAAAAAAGAAAAAAAAACACUUUCUUUGCAUUUGGGAUUAUGUUUUUGUAAUUUCAAACUUUAUUGUUCUAGCUUUGUACUUCAAAAGAGAGAAGUGAUGAACAGGGAGGGAAGGCUUCACGUCCUGGCCUAAUCACAGUCACCUUGUUAUUCAGGUCAAUGUACUGUAUAAGGGGUAUGAUGUAAAUUGUAUAAUACACUUUUGAUCUUGUAUGUAAAUUUCCAUUAAAUUGCUGACUAACAGCAGCUCUAUUUAAUUGCUUACUCUAGCUCUGGGAUCUUGGAUGUUAAAGUGCAUGGAUGUAUCUUGGCAGAGCAAACUAGCAACUGUGAUUUUUACACCAAUAAAACAGUACAAUAUU